AUGUUGGCACUCAACAAGAAAAACAACAAUGAAUGUUUGAUUCAUUUUGCCGGAACAAAGGAUAGUUUGUGUGCAUUUUCUAAAAAAAGGUUUGAAACCUUUCUGUGUCGUCGUGAGGAAUGGCUUCAGUUUGAAGAAGCUGCUUUGGUAAUAGCGAGAAAUUCGCUUCAAGUCUGCCGUCAAGACGAAAGCUCUGAAAAUUGUGAGCAAUAUUUUUUUCAUCAAAAAUGUUAUAAUUCAUUCACGGACAUUUCGAAAAUUAAAAGAGCUCGACAACAACAAAAGGUAGUCAAUUAUGAUGCGGAGAAAGAAAAAUCCCGCGAAGAAGUUGAGGAACCUCAAUCGCCAAAACCAAAACGACGGAGUCGAGUGUCAGGACAACAAGGUUCAAACCAAAAUGUGCUUCCAGAUGUCUGCAUUAUUUGUAAAAGGAAAACAUCUUAUAUCAGGGACAAGGUAAGUUUCUCGCCACUUUUUACUGGGUUUUUUUCAGUUUAUAGUACUAGGCCUAUCUAGCUAGGCUUUCUAGCUUGACUGUGCAUCAUAAAUAUUUGUUUUGCGCAAAUGUUAUUAGAAAUCCAGGAAAACUACCCGAGACAAAAUGCACCAAGCUGAAACAAUCGACUGUGGCCGUCUUCGGGAAGCUGCUGAAAGAAAGAAAGACGAAGCAAUUUUGAUUCACAUUCGUGGGAAAGAUUGUGUGGCAAUAGAAGUUAAAUAUCAUAAUAGGUAAUUUUAAAAUAUGAAGUACAAGGCUAAUUAACACUUGUGUAGUGACCUGUGGUGAUAAAACGACGUAUUAAAAUUAAUUUAAAGUAACAGCAGGUCGAUGUGAAAGAAAACGUAUUAAUUAAAAAAAAUACAUGUAUAUUACAUAUAUUCCAUAAAGUUAAUUUUCUAUUAGGAUGUGUAUGCGAUAUAUGUUACAAACUCAUUAAUUCUGUUAUUCACUUCCUAUUUACUAUUUUAGAUGUUAUCAUACUUACACUAAAUUCCUGUCGAAUGAUGCACGAGCUAAAGCUGAAAAUGUACAUGAGCGAUCUUACAACCUGUUUUGCAAAGAAGUAAUUGAGGAUAAAAUAUUGGGGAAACACAAGGUUUACUACUUAACUAAGUUAUGUGACAAAUUUCUGUCUUAUCUGUCGAAGGAACAAGCAAGUGAAUCAAUCUAUCGUACAUCCAAACUGAAAAUUAAGUUGCAACGAGACUAUCCACAGUUAGUAUUUUUCUCGCUCAGUCGACAAAACAAAAGUGAGCUUGUUUACUGUGAAUAUAUCGAAACCGGUGAAGUGCUAGAGAAAAUGAAAUUUGAAAGUGUAAAUUGUGAGUCGGCAUCAGAUUUGGAACCUGACGACGAAGAAAUGACUGGAGAGAUGCCUCAAGAGGUUUCGCAAAGAAAUGAUGAAAUUGUAAAGUUGUACGAGAUAGCUAUACUAUUGCGAUCUUGUAUACAAGAAACUGCAACGUUCCCAAGAGUUUGGCCACCAACCUCGGUAGACAUUUCCAAUGAUGCAGCGAAAGAUAUCACUCCAAUUGUUCUAUUUAAUUUUAUCGCUUGGGUCAUGAAUAAAUCAGACGAACCUACUCUCGAUAGUUUUGUACGGUUGCAAAAGAGUGAAGAGAGAAAAAUACUUUCGGUUGCACAGGAUAUGAUUUAUAUCACCCAUAACGGACGGAAGCCUACACCAAAAUCUGUUGCACUCAGCAUGGCUGUUCGACAAAUAUCUGGUUGUUCAAGCAUCAUAGAUAUCUUGAACGGGUUUGGACAUUGUGCAUCCCAUUCUAGUACGUUGCGACAUGACACGGCGCUGGCAAAGAUGAAUACGGUAUAAAGACGGGGAACUCUGUGCCCAAAGAAAUUUUUCCAAAUCGACACACCAUCUUAGUCUGGGAUAACGAUGAUUUUGGAGAAGAAGCAAAGGUCUCUACACACAUCACAAAUGGAAUAGCAAUACAGGAAGAAAGAGAAGACGAUGUCAUUCCCAACGUGAAUGUUCCAAAAAGUCAAGCGAAAUCUCUACCUGCGCCUCACUCCGAAAUUCUGCCCUACGUCAUUGGCAAAAAGAAGUCUCCUAACCUGAAAUCCAUCUGCUGCUCGUCCGACCUAGAAGAAAAAGUAUACGUCGCCGUGCAACAGUUUGCUGAAAAAUGCGAUUUUGCGUACUCUCUUAUCAAAAUGCAUUAUGGAGGUUGCUUACCAGAUUGGACGGGGUUCAACACAUUGUUAGCUGAAGACAAAAUCCCACGUGUUUCAAAGAUUGGUUAUUUGCCAGUUAUUGAUGCCUCGCCAACAGAGUACUCUACCGUGCACACCGUUUUGAGUAAGAGUAAAGAUAUCGCGUCACAGUUAGGGAUGGAUUACAUGGUGUUAGUAUUUGACGAGGCAAUCUACUCCAAAGCACAGCAUAUCAGAUGGAAGAACCCAGAGUUUAUGGAGAAAUUUAUAAUUCGUAUGGGGGAUUUCCACGCAAUAAUGUCAUUUUGUGGUGCAAUUGGCAAGCUUUUCAGAGAUGCAGGUCUUCAGGUAAAUAAUUUUUGUUAUGAUAGAACAAAAAAAGGAUAUAUUAUAUUUUUUUUUUACUUUUCGUGCAAAAAAUUGACAGUGUGCGUUUCCCUAUUACACCAGGAAGACACUAGAAAAGCAUACAUCCAAUGCUUCAAGGCGGUCAGCGUUUCAGACAUUUUUGUAUAGAGAAUGUGUCACCAAAUUGUACACUCCCAAAUUAAUCUAUACUUGUUUGUUUAGGACAUAUUGAUUGAAUCGGGCGUUGUUGGUACAGGAUCUGUAAACGGAGUGAUGAGCGGCAAGUUUUACAACGGAAGCACCCGAUGUCACAAAAUAAUGCAUGAGGCAUUGGAAAGAAUUAGAUUCCAGGUGUUCAUGGAUUCGCUGUCUCCAGAGGAACGUAAAGAUGUAGAAGAUCAAAUAUCAAUACUGAAAGAUUCGUUUCCAGGUCAUGACUUCGAAAAUCUGCUUGCAAGACCAGCUUUUCAUGAUAUCAUGACGCAGUAUGGCGUGUUCAUUGAAGCACAAAAGCAAACAUGUCCAACGUUCUCACUCUGGAGUUCUUACAUUGAUAUUUCAGGUACACAACUAUCACAGGGACUCUGCAUAACGUAGUAAAUACAUACACAGUUAUAAUUAUCUAAACUAGUUCCCACCUGUCAGUGCAAAGAAUCACUAGAGCUUCAGUAUACGAGGUAUAUUAUCUAUGCUACUUGAGUUGUUAGUCAGACUUUUAUUUUUUGCAAAGGUUUGAUGAUGAAGUUUAUCCGCGCAACAAGAGAAAGUGAUUGGUUCCUUCAUUUGUCAACACUGAGAUCGAUGCUUCCAUGGUUUUUUGCCGCUGAUAGAGUUAACUACUCAAGAUAUGCAUCAGUCUACUGGCUUGAGAUGAAUGCUUUGGAAGAAACACACCCAAGUAAGAAAGAAUUAUAAUGAAGUGUUAAUCCUAGUUUCCAUUCGGCCAAAUACAACCAUAUAUUAUGCAUUUUGUAGUCGGACUGAGUUCUACAAUUUGAUCUAAUAGGGUAUUUUUAUGUACUGUUAAUCCCAUAUCUGGUGUCCAAGUACUAAACAAAAAAAAACAAAAAAAAAACAUUCAUUAUUCGCUCUGUUGAACGUCGGAAGUUUGAAGUAAGACACCAAGAUGGCUGCUGUGACGUCAAAUGAAAACACCCUAUAUUGUGUGUUGUGCAUUUAUUCUUGAUUAGGUGCAGCUGAAAACCUGAAACGACAUUGGACAGUUCAGAGACAACAGCGGUAUGGUUUCUCUUCCAUCGCUUGUGACCAAGCCAUAGAGCAGACAGCGAACAGAGAUUCCAAAACAAAAGGAGGAUUGAUUGGCUUCACCCUUAACAAAGGAGCUGUUAAUAGGUGGAUACUUUCCCAGUCAGAACGGUCCGCAUCACACGGGCAGUGUCAAAUAAUGGCUGGUGCUGUUGAUAAUGAAAGGUAUAAAGCAUUUAAAUUAGGAAAAACUAAAUGUUUUUUAAAAGUGCAUUUCAGUGCAAUCGGAUGUUCAGAAUUUUUUGUCUGGUAAAUGUUCUUCAUUGUUUUUUAAUUAUUUUGUUCCUUAAUUUAACGAUGCUUUUUAAUGGUUCUCGUAGGCAACGUAAGAACUUAGAUGAAACCCACAAACAAAAUUAUGAAAAAGAAGUCAAAAGCGUCAUCAGCACGAUUGAAAGCAUGGUGAACCCGUUUGAGAAGGAACAGACAAACCUCAUUCAUCUCGCGAGCGGUGUCAUAGCGCCAUGUGCCGUUCAACAUGAUCUACUUUGUGCAAAGUCUCUUGGAGAAAAACGCUUCAUGCAAUUUGUUGGAGAAAACCUCCUUAGUGAUACACCAGAUCUAUUUGAUACAAUAAAGAAGACAAAACUUCAGACCUUUUCUUCUUCUCAAAAACCAACAAAGACAGCCACUUCGAAAGGUAAAGAAGUUUCUUUGAAAAGCUCGAGAAACCUUUGCGCUCGUCUGUUGCUUCUUGCGAAGAGCAGAGAUGUGGACAUGAAAAUUGUCUUAAGCUAUUCGCUCGGUCCGUAUCCUUUGAGUCUUGCUACUGUAGAUGGUAACCCAACGAAAACUGUAAAGGCAAAUUUGAUGCACAUGCUGGAAGAAAUGUCACCGGAAUGCGUAAAUAAUUUUCUUCCCCGCAACAGUGCUAUAAUGGUGGAUGCAAUGGCGUUACUACAAAGUCUGACAAGAAUUCCCAAGACUUUUGGUGAACUAGCUGCUCACGUUUUAUCACGGUUGUUGUCCCUUGCGGGGUUUCACAAAGCUUCACGGAUAGACUUUGUUGCAGACCGUUACCCAGAUCAUAGCAUUAAGGCUAACGAGAGAAGUAGAAGAGCUGCCCAAGGAAGCACUCUAAUUAAUAUAUAUGGAAAGAGUCAGCCAACGCCUACGCAAUGGAAGAAGUAUCUCAACAGUGGUAAAAACAAAGAAGCUAUCAUCUCUUUUCUGAUCGACUGUUGGAAAGACUUAAAGUCAGAUGAUUUGACGGGAUUGAUUUUGUACACUACACGGGGAGAUAAGUGCUUCAAAAUUUCUCCCACAAGUCAAUCUACAAUUGUUGAGACAAUAGAAGUCGUAGAGCUAGAGUGUGAUCACGAAGAAGCAGAUACCCGUUUGCUGCUUCAUGCAAAACACGCAUCCGACAAUGAUUUUUCCGUUGUGGCUAUCAAAAGUCCAGAUACUGAUGUGUUUCUUCUUAUGGUCGCGAUGAAACAGAAUUUCAGUGCCGAUCUACACUUCAUCACCGGAAAUCAGAAUCAAUCAAGGAUCAUUUCAGUGAACGAAGUGUGUGACAAAGUAGGCAGCGAGACAUGUAACUUGAUUGUUGGGUUCCAUGCGUUCACAGGUUGCGACUCUGUCAGUUCCUUCUAUGGUAAAGGAAAAAGAAAAGCCUGGAAAGUUUUGUCUGAAAAUCCCAAAGGCAAAGAUGCGUUCAGAAUACUUGGAGAUGAAGUUGACCCUACCGAGGAUUUGUAUGAACUAUUG